UCACCCCAGCGUAUCUCCACCUCCAAUGGCGUACCGGAGGGGGAGGCGGCCCCUUCCGUGCGUCUGACGUCACACGCUUUCCCCGUACUGGCUGCAAGCCCCACCUUUUGUGUUUCCCGCACCGUCAAUCAAAAAUAGGAAAAAAAAAAAAAAAACGCGCCUGGUCCGCUCCGUCCGCAGCGCGCCCGUGACGGCCCCACUCCAACCAUGUCACGCGUGUAACCCGCCAAGCUCGGCCUGCGCAGCCUGCCCGGGCCCGCCAGCGCUUCCCUUUGGAGACUCUGUGCCGCUGCCGGGAUUCUUUUUUUUUUUUUCUUUUUCUGGUUUACCCUUACGAUCCUGCCGCCGACACCAUGACCGCUCCGGAGCAGCCCGUUAAGCGAGAGGAGAUGUCCGCCCUGGAGAUCGACGGACAGAACGAGUACCUGCAGCACGGCCACAGCAGCGACGAGAGCGACCAAGGCGGCGGCGGGCAGAUCGGCCUCAGAAAAUAUGAAAACCUUGUCAGAGCCAACAACAUCACACAGCAGUUUGUUUGGGCUGAGGAUUUGCAAUCAGUGCAGUUAUCAGGAGGUCCAAAUAGAUGGGAAGUGUUGACUCCAGCCCAGGCUGCGCUAAAGGAUGAGGCUGGAAAUAUAGUCCAGCUUCCUAGUGGUGCUACAGUAACAUCAAGUGGACAGUAUGUGCUGCCCAUUCAGACUCUUCAAAAUCAGCAUCUGUUUUCUGUAGCACAAGGAUCAGACACGGCUAAUGGUACACUGUCUAAUGUACAGUAUCAAGUUAUACCACAGCUUCAAACUUCUGAUGGUCAGCAGGUCCAACUUGGCUUUGCCACAUCUGAUAAUGGCGGGUUAGACCAAGAAUCUGGUCAAAUUCAGAUUAUUCCUGGAAACCAUUCUGGUAGCCUUUUGUCAUCAAGUCCAAAUAUAUUAACACAAGCUGGUCAACUGCAGCAGAUUCAAGGAGUUACAAUUGGUGGCUCAUCAUACGGUGGCCAAACCCAGGUUGUUGCUAAUGUCCCAAUGGGCCUUCCUGGCAACAUUACCUUUGUUCCCAUAAACAGUGUUGACCUAGAUUCAUUGGGUCUUUCUGGUAGCUCUGAAGCAAUGACGGGCAUUACUGCAGAUGGACACUUGAUAAGUGCAGGGCAAGCCAUAGACAGUUCUGAUACGUCUGAAAGGACUGCAGAGCAUGAGCAUGUUUCUCCUGAUGCUGGCGAUACAAACUCGGAAACAGAUUUGUUUGUGCCAACCUCUUCUUCAUCUCAGCUUCCUGUUACUAUAGAUAGUACAGGAAUGCUUCAACAGGGUGCAAACAAUUUGUCUGAUAGUCCAUCUGGGCAUGUGCAAACAUCUGAUCUUCAGGGAAACUACAUCCAGACUUCAAUUUCAGACGAGUCGCAGAAUAUGCAGGUGUCUGCGUCACAACCAAUGGUACAGCAGAUCCAGCUUCAAGAUAGCCAGCAGCAAACCAGUCAAGCCCAACUCGUGCAAAGCAUUGCUCAGCAGGCGAUUCAAGCUGUUCAGGCUGGAGGUCAAGGCAUAUCUUCACAAGCGUUGCAAAACCUUCAAUUGCAGCUCAAUCCAGGAACGUUCUUAAUUCAAGCCCAAACAGUGACUCCUUCUGGCCAGAUUGCCUGGCAAACAUUUCAAGUUCAAGGUGUUCAGAACUUGCAAAAUUUGCAGAUUCAGAAUUCGUCUCCUCAACAGAUAACAUUGACACCUGUGCAGACUCUGACACUUGGCCAAGUUGGCGGAGGGGGUAAUUUAAGUACUGGUCAGUUGCCAAAUCUUCAGACUGUAACAGUAAACUCAGUUGAUGCUACAGGUAUGCAUCUGCAGCAUGGAGAUCACUCAGACAGCCCAACAGCUAUACGGAUUAAGGAGGAAGAACCGGAUCCAGAGGAAUGGCAACUUACCAGUGAUUCUACAGUCAACACCAAUGAUUUAACUCACCUGAGAGUCCAAGUUGUUGACGACGAACUCGACCAACCUAAUCAAGAGGGAAAAAGACUAAGGAGAGUAGCCUGCACUUGCCCCAACUGUAAAGAUGGAGCUGGAAGGGGUACCAAUCUUGGAAAGAAAAAGCAACACAUCUGUCACAUCCCAGGAUGCGGUAAAGUCUAUGGUAAAACGUCUCAUCUGAGAGCCCAUCUGCGUUGGCAUUCGGGGGAGCGUCCCUUUGUUUGUACUUGGAUGUUUUGUGGCAAAAGAUUCACUCGAAGUGAUGAACUGCAGCGACAUAGAAGAACACAUACUGGUGAAAAGAAGUUUGUCUGUCCGGAGUGUUCCAAGCGAUUUAUGCGUAGUGAUCACCUUGCCAAACACAUUAAAACCCAUCAAAAUAAGAAAGGCAUUCACUCCAGCAGUGCUGUACUGGCAUCCAUAGAAGCUAAACCAGAAGAUACAUUGAUAACUGCUGAAGGUACAACCCUCAUCCUUGCAAACAUUCAGCAGGGAUCCGUAUCUGGCAUAGGAACUGUAAAUACCGGCACCAGCGGUCAGGAUCUCCUCUCCAAUUCUGAGAUUCCUUUACAGCUUGUCACAGUUUCCGGAAAUGAGACAAUUGAGUAAAUAUCACGCAACACCUAUUAAUUGUGGUUAUUUUUAUACAGUAGUGGAAAAAAACCCUUGUUCUUGAGUUCUUAGAUAUCUUUUUAUUGAUGUGCAAACUUUUUUGGAUUGACAGUAACUUGGUUAUACAUGACACUGAAAUGCCUUACUUUGUAUGCUAUUCCAUAAGUAUGAAGAAAUGGUAAAAUUGCAUGGCUUUUGUAGGUACUUUCUGGAAUCUAGAAUUGAUGACAUUUUACCAUGACACAUACAAGUAUAAAUAAUAUCGACAGAUGGAGAUGGUAGUCUAACCAAAUGCAUCAAUCCAGUGUGGUUUAGUGUAAAAAAAAGACAUAAAAAAGAAAUAAGAAAAAAAAAUUCAAAAACAAGAAAAAAAAAAUUAAGAACAUGUUGGUAUUUAUCUAUUGUAAGAUAACAAAGUUGAUGGGUGACAAAGAAAUUAUGUUAUGAAAUGAGAUUUUGUAAUUUUCUUGAUGACUGGAAUUUUUAUUAUGCAUAACUGACAAAUCACGUUUCCCAGCACACCUGGCUUCGGUUUCACCACAGCUCACCACCAACUUAUCAAUUUAACAACCGAUUUGUUUUAAUUUGGUGAAUCUGUGUACACAAUUUUAAAUAUUUCUCUUGUAAAAAUAAAAAAUUAAAUUCUACAACAAGGUUUUAACUGGGCAGCAGCCGCUGUCUAGAUUGUUGAAUUAAAAAAAAAAAGCCAUGUGUGAAGAUUAAUUUGCCAAACCAAAUCUUGUCUAAAAUCGUUUUGAGUCAUGAAGGCAAUAUAACCAAUGUUGAAAGACUUUAUAGGUUGAAGCAUUUUUGAAUGGUAAAUGUUAUGAUUAAGCACCCAUGUUAUUGAACACUGGUGGACCAAAAACAGUGAACUGUUCGUCAUUCAGCGCAUCUUUCAAUUUUCGAGUACUCGGACAUCACAUCCAUCGUUGUAAAUUAAGUAGUCUAGCAUAUGCAAACAUGAUUUCAGUCAUUUCCAUAGUGACAAUAAAAGACCUACAAAUCCUAGUCAUGGGGGGGGGGAGGGGGAGAGGGUAUACAAGGGGUGUUUUUUUUUUUUUGUUUUUUUUUUUCUUUUAAACUUAGUUGGUGAAUCAGCAUUUAAACAACCUAUUUGCUUCUACCCAUUAAAAAUUGUAUGUAUCGAAUACAUGUACCUGAUAAAUAUGUAUAUGUUUUUUUUAUUAUGUUGCUGUAUUUUCGUUUUAUUUUUUAAUAAUUGUUUAUAUUUUCAACUAUAGAAAGUGUACAAAUACAAAGUUACAUUGCAGGUAUGUAAGGUCUAUACCAUUUUUCUAAGACGUAGCAAAAUGAAAGAAUAAACUGCAGCACCUACAACAGUUCACUUAUUUACAGGCUUUGUUUGGGUCUAUUUCUUAUUGUUAUGACCGUUAUGACCACCUCAGAUUUAAAAGCUACCUUUAAAGUGUAUGUUUAAAGUGUAUUAUAACAGUGUGGUAGUUUAAUAAAACACUAUUUUCUUUCUUUUGA